AUGGGAUUCAACAUAGGCGGCGGAUCCCUCCGCACUGUGGGAGGGCCCUUAUUCCUCCCUCCAGCAGGGACGACAGGCUCCAGCGUAGCAGCGCCUACCCGCCGCCGCUCCACCCGCCGUGACGGCGCCCCACCGCGCUCACCAGGUAGCGCCGCGCGCGCUGCUGGCCGCGCCGCGGACAGCACCGGCGAGCAUGCUGCACGCGGAGCAGGUCAGCGCGCCGUUCCCCCCUUUUCCCAUGCCUUUCCGCCUUGCGCAUGCAUGUCCGCCUUUCCCCUGCCUUUCCGCCUUGCCCAUGCAUUUCCGCCUUCCCCAUGCCUUUCCGCCUUCCCCAUGCCUUUCCGCCUUGCGCAUGCCUUUCCGCCUUGCGCAUGCCUUUCCGCCUUGCGCAUGCCUUUUCCGCCUUUCCCAUGCAUUCCCGCCUUGCGCAUGCCUUUCCCCCUCUGCUCAUGCCGUUCUCCCUGCCCAUGCCUUUCCCCCUCUGCUCAUGCCGUUCUCCCUGCCCAUGCCUUUCCCCCUCUGCUCAUGCGUUUGCCCCCCUUUGCCCUAUGCUUUUGCCCCGUUUGCUCGUGCCGUCCGUUCCCGCCAUGUCAGGGAGAUGGCGGGGGAGGGAGUCGCCACCUCCAUCGAGCUCACCAACUGCCGGCCACGACAUGGUGCCACUACGAAUUGCAGUGGAGGACAGCAAGAUCGACAUCGGCGACUUUUUUCAAGGGCGAUUUACCCAAGAAAUUCCUCAUGCUCCUGGGUCUGCUCGCGCUAUCCCGCGUGGGAAUCUACAUUCCCCUGUGGGGCGUCGAUAUCUCCGCCUUCCAGGAGCAACUGGGGGAGGGCUCAUUCCUGGCCACCCUAGACACGCUCUCAGGGGGCGGGAUUGGACGGCUGGGAUUGUUUUCGCUGGGCAUCGUGCCGUAUAUCAACGCUCAGAUCGUGUUCCAGCUGCUGGGACGCUGUUUCUUCUACCUCCCCGCCAACGUGGCACUCAUUGCCUUCUUCAACUACUUCUACACCUUCCUGCAACUCGACCCUGCUGAUGUCAGCGACCAGCUCAAGAGGCAGGGUGCGUCCGUACCCAACACGAGGCCCGGCAAAGCAACAGCCGCACUCAUCACCAAGGUCCUCACCCGCAUUUCGGUGCUCGGGUCGGCGUUUCUCGGCACGAUGGCAGCAGCGCCGGCUCUUGUGGAAGGAAUCACUCACCUCACGGCCUUCCGGGGGUUUGCUGGAACGUCCAUCCUCAUUUUAGUCGGAUGCGCUACCGAUACAGCCAGGAAGGUGCAGGCGGAGCUGGUUUCGCAGAAGUAUAGGACGAUUGAGCUGGAUGAUAUCAGUGCGGGUGGUGGAGGGAUUCCGCCUCCUAGGUGGAUUCUAGGGACGACAGGCUCCAGCGUAGCAGCGCCUACCCGCCGCCGCUCCACCCGCCGUGACGGCGCCCACCGCGCUCACCAGGUAGCGCCGCGCGCGCUGCUGGCAGCGCGGACAGCACCGGCGAGCAUGCUGCACGCGGAGCAGGUCAGCGCGCCGUUCCCCCCUUUUCCCAUGCCUUUCCGCCUUGCGCAUGCAUGUCCGCCUUUCCCCUGCCUUUCCGCCUUGCCCAUGCAUUUCCGCCUUCCCCAUGCCUUUCCGCCUUCCCCAUGCCUUUCCGCCUUGCGCAUGCUUUCCGCCUUGCGCAUGCCUUUCCGCCUUGCCGCAUGCCUUUCCGCCUUUCCAUGCAUUCCCGCCUUGCGCAUGCCUUUCCCCCUCUGCUCAUGCCGUUCUCCCUGCCCAUGCCUUUUCCCCCUCUGCUCAUGCCGUUCUCCCUGCCCAUGCCUUUCCCCCUCUGCUCAUGCGUUGCCCCCUUUGCCCAUGCUUUGCCCCGUUUGCUCGUGCCGUCCGUUCCGCCAUGUCAGGGAGAUGGCGGGGGAGGGAGUCGCCACCUCCAUCGAGCUCACCAACUGCCGGCCACGACAUGGUGAGUGUGUUGGCACCUCCCCUGACCCGCAUUCCUCUUCUCCUCUCGUCCUCCUCUCUCUCCCGCCCCUCCCCCCCGUGGACCUUGCACAGGUGCCACUACGAAUUGCAGUGGAGGACAGCAAGAUCGACAUCGGCGACUUUUUCAAGGGCGAUUUACCCAAGAAAUUCCUCAUGCUCCUGGGUCUGCUCGCGCUAUCCCGCGUGGGAAUCUACAUUCCCCUGUGGGGCGUCGAUAUCUCCGCCUUCCAGGAGCAACUGGGGGAGGGCUCAUUCCUGGCCACCCUAGACACGCUCUCAGGGGCGGGAUUGGACGGCUGGGAUUCUCAGAGGCAGGGUGCGUCCGUACCCAACACGAGGCCCGGCAAAGCAACAGCCGCACUCAUCACCAAGGUCCUCACCCGCAUUUCGGUGCUCGGGUCGGCGUUUCUCGGCACGAUGGCAGCAGCGCCGGCUCUUGUGGAAGGAAUCACUCACCUCACGGCCUUCCGGGGGUUUGCUGGAACGUCCAUCCUCAUUUUAGUCGGAUGCGCUACCGAUACAGCCAGGAAGGUGCAGGCGGAGCUGGUUUCGCAGAAGUAUAGGACGAUUGAGCUGGAUGAUAUCAGUGCGGGUGGUGGAGGGAUUCCGCCUCCUAGGGACGACAGGCUCCAGCGUAGCAGCGCCUACCCGCCGCCGCCGCCCACCCGCCGUGACGGCGCCCACCGCGCUCACCAGGUAGCGCCGCGCGCGCUGCUGGCCGCGCGGACAGCACCGGCGAGCAUGCUGCACGCGGAGCAGGUCAGCGCGCCGUUCCCCCUUUUCCCAUGCCUUUCCGCCUUGCGCAUGCAUGUCCGCCUUUCCCUGCCUUUCCGCCUUGCCCAUGCAUUUCCGCCUUCCCCAUGCCUUUCCGCCUUCCCCAUGCCUUUCCGCCUGCGCCGCCUUUCCGCCUUGCGCAUGCCUUUCCGCCUUGCGCAUGCCUUUCGCCUUGCGCAUGCCUUUCCGCUUUCCCAUGCAUUCCCGCCUUGCGCAUGCCUUUCCCCCUCUGCUCAUGCCGUUCUCCCUGCCCAUGCCUUUCCCCCUCUGCUCAUGCCGUUCUCCUGCCCAUGCCUUUCCCCCUCUGCUCAUGCGUUGCCCCCUUUGCCCAUGCUUUGCCCCGUUUGCUCGUGCCGUCCGUUCCGCCAUGUCAGGGAGAUGGCGGGGGGGGAGUCGCCACCUCCAUCGAGCUCACCACUGCCGGCCACGACAUGGUGCCACUACGAAUUGCAGGGGGGGGGGGACUUGGGGGACUUGGGGGGGCAAGGGGGGCGAGGGAAAAAAAAAAGACUAAACCGAAUUCCCUCUUCCUUUUUUCCUCCCCUGCUUCAAUCUCUCCCUCAUCCCUCCUCCCCGCCUUCCCACUAUAUCUCUCUGCCUUUCUCUGCCUUGUUCUCCCUCCUCUUUCUCCCCUCUGCCUCCCGUUUCCACCUCUCCCCUGACCUGACCCGCACCACCUUUCCAGUGGAGGACAGCAAGAUCGACAUCGGCGACUUUUUCAAGGGCGAUUUACCCAAGAAAUUCCUCAUGCUCCUGGGUCUGCUCGCGCUAUCCCGCGUGGGAAUCUACAUUCCCCUGUGGGGCGUCGAUAUCUCCGCCUUCCAGGAGCAACUGGGGGAGGGCUCAUUCCUGGCCACCCUAGACACGCUCUCAGGGGGCGGGAUUGGACGGCUGGGAUUGUUUUCGCUGGGCAUCGUGCCGUAUAUCAACGCUCAGAUCGUGUUCCAGCUGGUGGGACGCUGUACCCUAAGAUUGGGGAUCUGCAGAAGAAGGAGGGGGAGGCGGGGAGGAAGAAAGCAGCGCAGGUAG